CUGGAGUUGAAGUCGCUGCAGGAGGAACCGGUCGAGGGCUUUCGCAUCACCCUGGUGGACGAGUCUGACCUCUACAACUGGGAGGUGGCGAUCUUCGGGCCGCCCAACACCCUCUACGAGGGGGGGUAUUUCAAGAUGGGACCUCGUGGGCACUGCUGAGGCGGCUCGCAAACUGAUCAAGCUCCAGCCGACACCGAGGAGUUUCUCGGGGAGCCAUCGGCUGCGACCAACCCUGCUGCUCACAACACACCUCUGGAAGGAUAGUAGAAAAUUAUUUGCCUUUGAAUGGGAAAACCCGCAGAAUGGACGACAGACACAAUGAACUUGGACAAGACUUCAAGAAUAGCCCGACCCUCUUCGGAAGUCAGCUGGCCAAGGAACUGGAGAUCUGGACAACGCAAGGACAAAUACAGGCUCACAUUAAGUUUCCUAUUGACUAUCCAUAUUCACCACCUACCUUCAGAUUCCUGACCAAAAUGUGGCACCCCAACAUUUAUGAGAACGGAGAUGUAUGUAUUUCAAUUCUUCACCCGCCUGUAGAUGACCCGCAAAGUGGAGAGCUGCCAUCUGAGAGGUGGAAUCCUACCCAAAACGUCAGGACUAUCUUACUCAGUGUAAUUUCUCUGCUUAAUGAGCCCAACACAUUCUCUCCUGCCAAUGUGGAUGCAUCAGUCAUGUUCAGGAAAUGGAGGGACAGUAAAGGAAAAGACAAGGAGUAUGCUGAAAUCAUAAGGAAACAGGUUUUGGCUACCAAAGCCGAGGCAGAGAAGGAUGGCGUGAAGGUCCCCACUACACUGGCAGAGUACUGCAUCAAAACUAAAGUGCCUUCCACUGACAACAGUUCGGAUUUGCUUUACGACGACUUGUAUGAUGAUGACAUUGAUGACGAAGAUGAGGAGGAGGAGGACGCUGAGUGUUAUGAUGAUGAUGAUUCUGGCAAUGAGGAGUCGUGACCUGCUCCCUCUAUGCCCUUGUACUGCCCUGCUGACUCAGGCCAGAAGGGAGCAGCGGUAACCUAGCAGCAGUCCAGCAAAAAAAGUGUGUGUGUGGGUGGGGGGGAUCAAAAACCUAUUGUCUCCUUCUGUCUCCUGUUGUAUGGAUCUGUUUGCUCCUUUUUUAUGGAUCUCUUAGAGACCCUCAACAGAAUGUCUGAAUUCUUGCAUUCUUAACCCUUUCAUCACUGUAUUAUGAUUUCUUUUUUUAAAAAGAAAUUCCCCUUUUCACUUCUCUAUGAAAUGCUCACAGUGAAACAGGGUUGCUCGUGUUUAGGUUCUUGAAUUCAAUACAGUCUUGCAUUGAGAUGUUUAAUGUAUUUAAAGCUAGACCAAACCCAUUGGAAGCUGGGUUUUGGGGAGCUCAAGUGCUGCGCUUACUGGGAAGAAAAAAAAUCUACACAAAUUGCCAAGGUUUAGCUGCUCCAUUUACAAUAAUAGCAUGUGUACAUUCAUUUAGCCUUGUGGUGGUAGCUUUUCCUUUUUAAGGUAUGGGGCGGAGAGUGUAAAGCUAGUGUGCGUUGAGCUUGAUGGGAUGUUACUGAAAGGUACGGUAUUCCUUUUCAGCCUGCUCAAGUUAGGAAAUAGCUGGCCACUGAAGCCCCGGCAGGCACAAUCAGCUUUGUCUCUGAAAAGGCUUGUGAUAUGAACCCUAAAAUAAACACUUAACACUUCACGUCUGUACAACUCAGUCCUGGGUUGCUAUUUAUUUUUUUUCCAGGAUAAAUUGGGGUUGAAACAGUCCAGAUUAGCUACACUGCUGCGACCUGCUGCCAGCUGCCCCUCUCCAGGAGCGCAGAUGUGUCCUGCUGCCCCUGUGGCCACCUGUUGUGGCCAGCACUCAUCCCAAACUAGUCGCUGGCAUGGGGAAAGACCGAUGGCCUCCUGCCCCAGUGCUUGCUAGCAGUGCAUGUGCUUCCUGUGCCCUCAAUCCAGUGCUGGCUGAGCCUUUUUUCUCUUGCUUGUGUAGAUCAGGUGUGGGUAAGUACAGCCCUGCUGCAGCUAUGGGCACCAGGGUGGGGUGGUGGUCAUGGCAGGGGCCAGAAGGGAAGCAGGGAUACCGGGCUCUCCCCCUUCCUCCCUAGCAGCCCCAGGGGUGCAGUGAAAACCCUAUGGGGCUUGCCAAGCUUCUCAGCAGCAUGCUUCAGCUGGUGCACCUGCAUGUUCUUGGGAGCUCAUGGCAGAGCUUGUAGCCCUCCCCUGUGGGCAGGGACAUCCUGCAUGCUCAGUUCUGCAGAACUCUUCCUCAGUACCCUGACCCCUUUGCAAUGUGCUCUUUUUGUUUGGCUGUGGUGCAGCAGCCUGAAUUCACCUUUAGGAUGAGAUUGCGAGCAGCAGCCAGCCCUGCCUUCACCUGCUGAGCGCUGGGGCUGCUAGCCCUGUGGGGUCAGACCCUCCCCUCCCAGUGGUACAGAGGAAGUUACCCUGAUGAGAGCUGCUGCUGCGGGCACUUACUUAUGCCCCCACCAUGUAUCGCAGGGGUUUUCAUGGUAUGGCACCAGCUGCAGGGGGAGGCGAGAGCAAACUAAGGGGAGAGGUGGUUGUGGGCAUGGGGAUGUGGUCCCCGCAGCACAGUGGCUCUCCCAGAGUGAGUGGAGAGGGGGAGGAUGUCUGCCAGCACCUGGGUUCCUCAAAGGUUGGCUCUGCCCCCACAUCCCUCCCUGCUGGGGGGACAAAAGGCAGUUGUGGUGGUGGCACCUCGUCCCUUAGUGCUCCCUGAGUGUCCUGCUUGUAUGGUAGCAGGACUGCGGGACCUCUCCUGCCCUUUGCCAGCCUUGGGGUUUAGUGAGGCUGCUGCCCAUCCUCCCCUUCCCAUGGACUCAGUGCCACUGCCCCUGGCCAUGGUGGGCCCAGGGCUACCCCAGGCCCCUGCUCAUCACAUCUUGCAGGGAAAGCAGCCGGCAGCUUGCAGUGUGGAAUAGGAAGUGGUGCAGCGAGGGCCCUGCUGAUGACCUGGUUUGAAAUGAGGAUACUGCAUCUUUCAGAAUCGCCCGUGUACUUUUGACUGUUUUCACUGUGUGUAUCAGUCAGUCCAGUGACUUGCAUCUUACAAUACCAAGCUUGAAAAAUAUAUUAUCAUGACUCUUCCGUUACCCUUUUUUUAAAGGGAAAAAAGUGACCUAUUUUGACAAUGUCUACUACUAGACUAAUUUCUCUUCCCUAGUGUCCCUUGCAGUGUCAUUGUUUGUUGACUUGCUGGGUUCCUUUUUCUGAGAUGCAAACUGAAGUUUGAGUUUUUUGAAACUAUUUAAAAGCUUGAGGAAAAAUGUUUACCUGAUCUGUGUAUUCUGGUUUUUCUUAACCCCCUCGCACCUCUCUCAGCCACUAUUAGCACUUACAUUUGCAACUACAGCCUCCUUCAAAUGCAGUUUUCAACCAUUGUCAAAUGAGCAGGGUACACUAGAUUUCUUAGUAGUUUUCUUAGCUAAUAUCCCAUGUCGUCUUUUUUUUCUUCACUAUAAUUUACCAGAAAGAAUUAACUGAUGCUUUUUUUUUUUUGUGUUGUCCUCUCCUUCAGUAGUUAUAUUUUGUCUUUUCUGCACAUCUGUCUCCUAAUAAAAAAUAAAAAAUGAAAAUAUC